AUGCCAGCGCCGCCGCCGCUGGAUGGUUCCGUCGGUCCCUCCCGCUCCAGAUCGAAAACUGAGAGAGCGACGGGAGGGAAGAAGGGGAUCGGGGGAGGGGAGAGCACGGGAGAGAAGGCGAGCUCGCGGCUGACCGCAGCGUGCGAGGCGGACGGAAGUAACGUGAGUACAGAUAUUAUUCAGUUAGCCUCCUUUUCGUGGAAGAGGAGUGAAAGUGUAAAGAUUGGUAUGAUGCUGCGAGGCAUGGGGUUUGACAAUACAACCUUCCUCUACGUUGCCUCCGGUAAAAUAUACAAUGCUGCAAAAUACAUGGGUCCCCUUCGCCGGAUGUUCCCUCUUUUACAAACCAAGGACACUCUUGCAUUGUCUGAAGAGCUUGCUGAGUUUGAGGGGUACUCUUCUCGGUUAGCAGCAUUAGAUUACACCGUCUGUGUUCAGAGCGAAGUGUUUGUGACGACUCAAGGGGGGAACUUCCCUCACUUUUUGAUGGGACACAGGCGUUACCUGUUAGGAGGGAAUGCAAAGACAAUAAAACCCGACAAACGGAAGCUGGUCUUAUCUUUUGACGACCCAAAUAUCAGAUGGAGUCGAUUCAAGCACCACAUGCUGGAAAUACUGCACCAUAGUGACAUAAGGGGCAUCGCAUUCAGGAAACCUAAUGAUUCCAUAUACACCUUCCCAAUGCCUGAUUGCAUGUGCCAACAAGAUGGAAUAUGAUCUAGGCAUUAGCAUACAUAACUGAGGGAUGCAUAUCCUCUGCCUUUGUGCAACAAAGGCACCAAAGGCAUGGCAUUGUUGACUGCAUGAUCAGGGUUUGAUGGUCAUGAUGAAAACUGGAGUGAAAUAAAGCAUUUGGUGCUUCUCAGGAGAUUCUGAAACCCUCUGGCAUACCCCAAACCGUUCGAUUCUGGAUAUAAUGGUCAAAAGGUGCCUAAUGACAAUGAAUUCCAUAGUAUCAGAAAUUGAGAGGAUGCGAGGGAUUUUGUAAAGUUAGUAAUCUGUAGGUAGUCCACCAUAUAGCAAUCUCCAUUUGUUCAAUCUGUAUGUAGGUUGUAAAGAGAAAAGAGCUACGAGAUUGGGUUGUAGAUAUGAGUACAACCUGAGUGCCUCGAUGUAUAUUUGAAAAACAAGGGCUAACAACAACAAAGAAAGGAAAUUUUCAGUAUAUCAUUACUCAUCA